UCUCUCACUCUCUCACUCUGUCUCUCUCUCUCACACACACACUCCCUGAGCUGCGAACUGGACCAGAUAGUAUCUCUCCAGUAUCCAGUUCCACAGCCUCAUUUCUCCACACACCAGCUCUGGGUGACAGCUCAGUAGGGGUGUCUGGGAAAUACAGCCUGCUGUAAGGGACGUCUCAGGGAGUUCUACUGACCAGAUACAGGUCACUUGAGCGACUGGCGUUGCACUGCAUCAGUUUACACAGCCCACUCACACACAGGGACGCACCGCACGCUCUCUGGCUGUACCCUGUUCCUGUCACUCUCCACACUACUUUUCCAGAGAGCCCGGAGAGCUGAGAAUGGGCAAAUCCGAAAGCCAAAUGGACAUCAUGGAAAAAUCUACCAAACCAGGAAAGCGUCGUUGGACUGUUGCAGAGAUUGGGCUGUCUGUGCUGUUGUUGCUGGUCAGCUGUGCCCUAGCUGGACUGAUAGUCCUCUACACAUCGGCUCUGAGAGAGCGGUCCAAUAGACCUGGUGUGUCAAGGAGCUCAGUCACUGAGGGGCAAAAGUAUCGUUCUGGCCCCAGCAAUGUUUGCACAACUCCUGAGUGCGUCACAGCAGCCGCUCGUCUCUUGCAGAACAUGGAUGCGACGGUGGAGCCGUGUCAGAACUUCUACCAAUAUGCUUGUGGGGGCUGGCUGGAGCGUCAUGUCAUCCCAGAGACCAGCUCCCGUCACAGUGUCUUCGACAUCCUCAGAGACAGGCUGGAGAUUGUGCUCAAAGGAGUUUUUGAGACUGAGAGUGAUCAGGACCGUGAUGCCUUCAAGAAGGCCAAAACUCUCUACAGCUCCUGCAUGAAUGAGACUCUGAUAGAGCAGCGCGACUCCCAGCCACUCAUGCUUCUCAUUGACAGCAUAGGAGACUGGCCUGCUGCCUCAGAGGACUGGAACAGCACUACUGAAGAGGCCUGGAGCCUGGAGGACACUCUAGCCACCCUCAUCUCUCGUUACCACAAGAAGGUCCUGCUGGAUAUGUAUGUGUGGACUGAUGACCGCGACUCCCGGCGCCACAUCAUCUACAUUGACCAGCCAGGACUAGGAAUGCCAUCCAGAGAGUAUUACUUCAAUGAUGGAAACUACAAAAGGGUUCGAGAGGCCUACCUGCAGUUCAUGGUUUCCAUGGUGAGGAUUGCCCGGGAAGACAGGAACUUGACCCAGGAAGAUGAUCGUGUGGUCGAGGAGAUGGUGCAAGUGCUGGAGCUGGAAACAGAUAUUGCAAAUGCCACAUCCCCUGCAGAGGAGCGUCAGGAUGUCACGAUUCUCUACAAAAAGAUGACCCUGACUGAGCUGCAGGAGUCCUUCAAUCUCAACGGUUUUAACUGGACAAGGUUUGUGCGUGGUGUGUUGUCCAGUGUGGCUGUGAAGGUACAGCUGGAAGAGGAGGUGGUGGUCUAUAGCUCCCCUUACCUGGAUAAGAUGAACAAAGUGCUCUCCAAACACACUGUCAGAACCAUGCAGAACUACCUCACCUGGCAGGUUGUCAUGGAGAGAGUCAGCAGCCUUAGUCGCCGCUUCAAAGAUGCCAGGGCACACUAUAGAAAGGCCCUGUAUGGGACGACAGUAGAGGAGGCGCGGUGGAGAGACUGUGUGCGUUACGUCCAGGGCAGCAUGGAGAAUGCAGUGGGGGCUCUGUAUGUGCGAGAGACCUUUGCUGGCGAGAGUAAACGCAUGGUUAGUGACCUCAUCAGUAAGAUCCAGGAAGCGUAUGUGGAAACGCUAGAGGAGUUGAGCUGGAUGGAUGACCAGUCUAAGGAAAAAGCAAGAGAGAAGGCCAUGGCCAUUAAGGAGCAUAUUGGCUAUCCUGACCACAUUCUGGAAGAGAGCAAUCUGAAGCUUGACCAGGAGUAUGCCCAUUUGAACUUUAGCGAGGAGAACUACUUUGAGAACAUCCUUGAGAACCUGCAGGCUGAAGCACACAAGAGUUUGAAGAAGCUGAGAGAGCCGGUCAAUCCAGACAUGUGGAUCAUUGGUGCUGCUGUGGUCAAUGCUUUCUACUCACCAAACAGAAACCAGAUAGUAUUCCCUGCAGGUAUCCUGCAGCCUCCUUUCUUCAGUAAGCAGCAGCUCCAGGCCCUGAACUUUGGAGGAAUAGGGAUGGUCAUUGGACAUGAGAUCACCCAUGGGUUUGAUGACAAUGGCCGUAAUUUUGAUAAGGAUGGUAACAUGCUUAACUGGUGGAGUAAUUAUUCUGCUGAGCACUUCAAGGACCAAUCACAAUGCAUGGUGCAACAAUAUGGCAACUUCAACUGGAAACUCGCAGGCGGACAAAAUGUCAGUGGAAUUAGCACUUUGGGGGAGAACAUCGCUGACAACGGAGGAGUUCGGCAAGCCUAUAAGGCCUACAUGAAGUGGAUGGAGAGAGAAGGUGAAGAGCAUCGUUUACCUGGUCUGGACAUGGACCACAAACAACUUUUCUUUCUUAACUUUGCCCAAGUAUGGUGUGGUGCCUAUCGGCCUGAAUAUGCCAGCCAGUCCAUCAAAACGGACUCCCACAGUCCCCUGGAAUACAGGGUGCUCGGCUCCCUACAGAAUUUUGGAGCAUUCUCAGAGGCAUUCCAGUGCAAACCGGGUACUCCCAUGAACCCUGAGAUAAAAUGUCGGGUGUGGUAGCCAGUUCCUGCCUUCUUCUACUCUUGUUAAUUAUUUCUUGACUGGGGCAACUGAACAAAAGAACAUACUUAACUACCACAGAGGCAUCCUGCCUUAGAGUAUGUCUGAUAGAUUUACAUGGCAGAAGAUAAUAGAUAUUUACACAAGUGUUUUAACAGUGUGUAAAUGCAGAAUACAGUUUAUAUAUGGACUGGAUAACUGACCAAACUACACCCUAGUAUCACCACUUGAAGCAGAUUAAAACUAUGAUUAGACAGGAAAAACACUUGCAAGGAGUAUGUGCUUAUAUGGCUACUCAGCUUGAAGAUGUUGUCUGUGGGUGAACAGUUUUACUUGUGGUUUUGUUGUAUACACUCUCGGGAAAAAAGAUUCUGGGUAGAACCAAAAAAGGUUUAUAUAAUUGCUUAAUUUAUGGCACCCCUAAAGGUUCUAUAUAGAGGGGUUGUUCUUCACUGAACCAAAAUUGGAUCCAUAUAGGGUUCUAAAUUUUAGUUCAGUGAAUAAGAAUAAGGGUGCCAUAUAAGAAGCAAGCAGAGAUCCCUUAUUGGUUCUAUCCAGAACCUUUUUUCUCUAAGAGUGUACUUGUAUCAAUCUGAAGCUCCACUGUGGGUGGUCAGUUGAUACAUGAAUAGUCGGUGAAAUGUAGGAAAUUCCUAAGAUUUGUAGAAUAGGUUUCAGCCGAGCUGGCUUUAAAUGCUUUAACUGACUUUUUGAAUAAUUUCCUAAACAACUCUUUCUGCUUUUUGUCAAGUCAUUCGGGUGGCAAAUCCACAGCGCUUUGAAGCCCACAUAUUUAGUGGCUUAAAUCUAUGUGCGCCGAGUAUCUUUAGGCACCGUGUUGCCUUGUACGAUCCUGUCUGAUAUGAAACAUUUGUUUUUCAAGACAUUUUUCCACGAAGCAAGAGGUAAAGUGAAUAAUAACACACUGGUUGAAUCAACUUUUUUUCCACGAUGAAAUUACGUGGAACCAACGUGGAAUAGACGUUGAAUUGACGUCUGUGCCCAGUGGGAAGUUUCUCAUUACAGUGUGACUACGAAAUGAAUAAAGGCUCUGUGAGUAGUAUGUAGAGCAGCAGUGAACUAGAGCUGGCCUGGCUACGUCACUCUUUGAAAUAAAGCAAUUUACCUGAAGACAGA